AUGAAUUUGCAUAUAAAAAGCUGCGAGUUUCCCAUCUCUCUGUGUUUCUGAAAGUUCUGCACUGACAAGUUUGAAGGAAGUGAGGGUGAUUCGUUUAAUUCAGAAAUGACGACUUUUGUACGAAUUAAGGUUUUGAAAUGGGCUGAUAUAUUGGCUGCGUACACAAUGUUUGCGAUGCAAACAUACUUAACAGAUGUAUGGAAACUAAGUUUUACUCAUGCUAAUGGAAUUUUGAACAUUUGGAAUGGAGUUACUAAGGUAUUGCCGAUUGGGUUUCUCUACCUCGUCGACACGUUUCUGGGACACUUCUUAAUGCUCCUGCUGUCUAGUCUAGCUUACAGUGUGAUUCGGGAAGAGAGAUAUAAGUACGUUCAAGUUCUGUGGUUGGAUGCAUGUUUUUCGAGCCUUGGAAUUGGAACUUUAACAGAAAUUGUGUCUUCCAUGGGUAUGGGGUUUCUUUACAUGUCAACACCGCCAGUCCUCGCCAGUUCCAUGGGCACCUGCAAAGACUACGAACCAAAUUGUAUAUGCGGCACUCAAAAAGUUUUGUUCUACACGGCCUUGGCAUUGUUAGCUGUAGGAAUAGCUGGUCACAGCGUCUCUCUGUAUCCUUUCUUUGUUAAACAGAGAACGAACUUUGACAUUGAUGACGGCAAUAAAAUUUAUUUUCAGAUAUUAGGCAUGGUUAUGGUGACCACUGUGCCACCAAUAAUUGGAUCUAUUGUUCUACCUCACAUUAAACAAUGGACAAUCCAAAUUGGAAUUCCGGCAAUCUGUACUGCUGCUGCGACACUUCUAUUCUUGAGCGGUUCGUGUUCAUACAUUAAGCCUGAACCACAGGGGAGUCCAUUGACAAAUGUUUGCAGAGUCUUUGUGGCCUCUACUUUUAAGAUAUCCCAACAAUUUCCUCUUGAUGAUAAAGAACUUUAUAGGAAAGAUGGCCCUGAGCAUCAGUCAUUUUCCCACACUCGUGUUCUCAGGUUUUCACUUGUCUGUUUCCUUUACAUUAGGCGCAUUUGGGGCUUAGAGAAGGCUGCCAUCAUAUUGCGGGAUAGAAGUCUGGAAGAACAAGAAAAGAAUAGGUGGAGGCUUUGCACAGUUGCAGAAGUAGAAGAAGCAAAAAUUGUUGUUCGGAUGGUUCCAAUGUGGAUGACAUUCAUAGUUUGUGGGAUCGUAUCUUCUAUGGGAAACACGUACUUCCUGGAACAAGCAAAUCACUUGGAUCGCAAGCUUGGAAAAUGGACACUUCCUCUUCCUGUGUUUCUUCUGCUGUUUAACGGUGCGAAAACACUGUUUUCCAUAUCCUACUCCCGUUUGGCGAGAUGCUUUGCUGGAUAUAAAAAGUAUGCACCUUCCGUUGGAAUUGCAGUGGCUAUGGUAUUAUCAGUACUGUGUUGCAUAACUUCUGCCAAAAUAGAGAUUCGACGGCUGAAAGUGAUUAGAAGACACGAUUUACUCGACAAGUCUGAGGACGAUAUCCCAAUGAGUAUAUUUUGGCUCCUUUACCAGUUUUUCCUUCUUGCUGGCCUAGACACGUUUUUCAAGAAGAGCUCGAUUGCUUUCUUCAAGGAUCAGGCUCCCAAAUCAAUGAUAAAUUACCUCCGACACUGGAGUGAAGCGGUAUCUGGUCUAGGAUUCAUAGGGGGUGUGCUUUCGGUUUAUGUGGUUGGUAACAUUAGUGAGAAGGGUGGUAGACAAAACUGGUUCCAGUAUACGUUGAACAAGAGUCGACUAGAUCGAUAUUACUGGGUGCUUGCAGCCUUGAGUUCAGUAAAUAUGCUUGUGUUUAUUUUAAUUGCUUACAUUUACAGAUACAAGGAGCUGGAGCCAGAACCAGAACCAGAACCAGAACCAGAAAGAAAUAGUGAAUUGCCGAAGAUUCUGAUCGAAGAGAGGCUGAGUAAAUGGCCCGAAGCUCUUGUUGCCGUGGUGGUUAGGCUUUUUCUGAAAUUGUAGUAUGAACAUUCCACUUAUGCAAAUUGUAUUUGUUCUUUUUGUGUGCACUGAGGGUCUGGAAGAGUUUGUACACAGUAUUAAAUAAAAGUCAUUAA